GAGAGUCCUAGCGGUAUGAACAAAAUAAGUUUCAUGCUCAUGGGAAAAACAGGAAAUUCAGAUGACUUCAUUUCCAAAAUACCGAGAUGGAUGAAAACACCAGAUCACAGUGGACGCAACAUAGUCAGGACGUCUGAAUUUCUCAACCGAUAUACAAAGAUAAAGAAAGGUCGCGAGGAGCUUUGCAGAACUCUCAUCAGUGUAGUCCUAGAGGAUGAAUCAGACAAGAGUGAAAGCACUGAAGAUGCGAAAUUUGAUGAUAAAAUUCAAUACGUGCUUGACAUGCUGUCCUUGGGUUCUAUGGAAAAUUUAUGGAUGGAGAGAAUCUUGAACCGGGUACCAGGUCAGCUGAAGGUGUCAACAAGAUCAAUUCAGGUUCUCACAGAAGAAAUUAAAGAUGAUUAUAGGCUGAGUUCUAAGAAAGCUAUAGUGAAUUUUGUGCUGCAUGACUGGAGAGAGAAAGUACAGAAAGAGGACACACUUCCACUUCACAGACAAGAGAUGGCAGUUAUUCCCAAGCCAUGGGAGGCAUCUUUCCAUCAGGCGCUAAAAUCGAUGAGCCAGAAUCUCCAUUUCAUCAACCCCCUCAUGCAGUCUGUGAUCAAUCUGUGGCAUACCUUCUACGAGAAUUUGCGUCUUCUCGAUGUAACAGAGUUCCAGUCCAGAGAAAAGGCUUUGGAGCUUGCUGGCUUUCAGCAAAUUGUCACCCGACACAUUGAAAGUGCUCAGGCCACUCUGCUUCACAAGUGGUUUCCUGAGGUGCAACAAAUUUACUACCAUGGAAGCCAGUCCAACUUGGUACCCAAAACUACUGAGCGAUCGCGGCUGCAGUCGUUCUUCAACUGCGCAGCUGCUCUAAUGUCUUCCCAGCUUCAGGAGAUGGCUGUGGAGUCUAUUAAUGAGUACACGGACCUCAUAGUUCCAGAUCCACAUUCAGCAAACCCCUAUAAGCAUCCUGGAUUUGUUCUGCGACUGAUCCUGAGGCAGAACAAGAUAAUACUUGAGCCAGAAUUUAAUGCCUUUGAGGCCAUUUUGCUGAAUGUCUACGAUGCUAUGUUGACAUGCAUCAGCUCGGUGCCUCGAGUCGAGACAGACAUGUACACGAAAUGGCCAGGCACUGAGCAUACCACAAUCCUGAAACCCAUCAUCCCGCCUGAGAUUGUGCAGGAAGGAAAGGACGGAAUUCAGAGGAUGAUACGUGAGGAGAAAACUUUGCCAAGUGAGCAUGUGCACAUGUAUGACAAAUUUGCUCCGCUGGUAUCGAAAGUGGCUGAAGAGGAGGUAGAACAGUUCCUGUUGGAGGAUCAUUCCUACCAGGACUUAAUGACGGAGGUGACACGCUACCAGGAGCUGGCUGAUGAGAUUCAGUGUGACUGUGGCAAGAUUGUACGCUUCGGUAUGUUCGAAGUGCACUGCCAGCAGCUUAUCCGUGUACUAGUGAAGCGUGCGGAAGGACUCAGGAAGAAACUGGUCACCCGUCUACUGAAGGACCACCAGAAUUGCAGUAAAAAAUUAUGUGAAGACUUUGAGGAGAUUGAAUCACAAGCCAUUAGCAUUCCUCCAAACACACACAAGCUCAUUGCUCUUGAGAACUACAUCAACAAUGUUAAAACUGAGGAGAUGCCCAACCUGCAGCUCCAGUUGAAUGAUUCCAUUAUUCGUAUGUCCUUUUUGGCUGGUUAUGGGUUUUCUGCACUGGACAUAAACCUAAACAAAAAGACCUUCCAGUGGUACAUGAAAAUGCCUUCCAUCUUAUCCAAGCACGAAGAGAUUGUUAAGGAAAAGACUGUGGAAUUCCAGGCUUUACUUACGCUGCGGUGCGAGCAGCUCGUGGAAGAACUGGAAGGCUAUGCCAAGGAUGUGGAAGAUUUUACCGCUUACGGGGACAUGUCCGAACUCAGCACGUAUCUAAAAAAGGCUCAGAUGCUCAAUUCCAAGCUGGAUGCUGCCAUGGAGCAAAUUGAGGGCUUUAAUGUGGAAGAAGAAGCCUUUGGAUGGCCCCUCACCCAGUACCCUCUACACAAGAUAGUCCAAGACCAGCUGCUCCCCUACCUUAACUUGUAUCAGACCGCUACUGACUUUCAGUCUGAUCACCAUCGGUGGCUUCAUGGCACUCUCAUGUCUGUCAACCCAGACAAGGUGGAGGGUGAUGUCAGCAACUACUGGCGCUCAUUUAACAAACUGGAAAGAGGUUUACAUGACUCACCUUUCGCUCUUAACCUCAUUUCCGAAGUCAAAGUUCAAAUAGAGGACUUCAAGCAGCACAUCCCCUUAGUUCAGGUGCUGUGUAAUCCAGGCUUGCGGGACCGUCACUGGGAUGCCAUGUCAGCCGUGGUGGGUUUCCCCCUGAAGCCUUCAGAACAGGAUGCCCAUAUGUCCCACUUCAUUUCCAUGAACCUUGCAGUCCACUUGCCCAAAUUCGAGGGCAUCAACGAAGCAGCCAGCAAAGAGUAUUCACUGGAGAAGGCCAUGGAGCGCAUGAUUGAGGAAUGGGUAGAUAUUAAGUUCAACCUGCUGCCCUACCGCGAGUCUGGGACGUCUAUUCUAUCCUCAGUGGAUGAGAUACAGAUGCUGCUGGAUGACCAUAUAGUCAAGACACAGACGAUGCGCGGCUCGGCCUUCAUUAAACCCUUCGAGACAGAGAUACUAGACUGGGAGCGCAAGCUGCUGCUGAUGCAGAAUAUUUUAGACGAGUGGCUAAAGGUGCAGUCCACGUGGCUUUACCUGGAGCCCAUUUUCAGUUCUCCAGACAUAAUGGCCCAGAUGCCAGAAGAGGGUUCUUCCUUUACCACGGUGGAUAAAACCUGGAGGGAGAUCAUGGAAAAAGUCAGCCUGGACAACCAUGUCCUGGCUGUGGUAGGCAUCAAUAAGAUGUUGGAGAAGCUUCAGAAGAGCACCGAGCUCCUGGAGCUUAUCCUGAAAGGCCUGAACAUAUACCUGGAAAAGAAGAGACUGUUUUUCCCUCGCUUCUUCUUUCUGUCCAACGAUGAACUGCUGGAGAUUCUUUCUGAGACGAAGGACCCAACAAGAGUGCAGCCUCAUCUUAAGAAGUGUUUUGAGGGCAUUGGCAGCGUUGUGUUCACUGACGAGCUGGAUAUCACUCACAUUAAGAGCAGCGAGGGUGAGGUGGUUGAACUGAUUGACAUCAUCUCUACUUCUGAAGCCCACGGCCAGGUCGAGAAAUGGCUCAGAGAGCUGGAGAGUGGCAUGCUGACUUCAAUACACAAGGUGAUAGCCGAGGCAGUUGAGGCAUAUGAUAAAGAGCUACGGAUCAAGUGGGUGAGAGCCUGGCCAGGUCAGGCAGUACUGUGUGUGUCUCAGGUAUACUGGACCAAACACAUCCAUGAAUCCUUUGCAAAGGGACCGCAGGCACUGGAGGCUUAUUUGGAUCAAAACAACAAACAGAUCGAGGACAUAGUGGCGCUGGUGCGUGGGAAACUCUCCAAACAGAACCGAGUGACUCUGGGAGCACUUGUUGUGCUGGACGUGCAUGCACGUGACGUCUUGGCCUCGCUUGUCCGUCAAGGUGUAGAUGAUGAGAACAACUUCGAGUGGCUCAGCCAGCUACGUUAUUACUGGAUGGAGGAACAACUCCAGACCAAAAUGAUUAACGCAGGCCUAGCUUAUGGCUAUGAGUACCUGGGUAACACACCUCGUCUUGUCAUCACCCCUCUCACCGAUCGGUGCUACAGAACCCUUUUUGGAGCACUGCACCUGCAUUUAGGAGGAGCUCCUGAAGGCCCAGCAGGUACAGGGAAGACCGAGACGACUAAAGAUCUGGCCAAGGCUGUGGCUAAGCAGUGUGUUGUCUUCAACUGCUCUGAUGGCCUUGAUUACAUCGCCCUGGGAAAGUUCUUUAAGGGCUUGCUAGCUUGUGGUGCGUGGGCGUGCUUUGACGAGUUCAACCGAAUUGACCUGGAGGUGCUGUCUGUGGUGGCACAACAAAUUUUCACCAUUCAGAGAGGGAUUGCCACUCAUUCUGAGAUGCUGGUGUUUGAGGGGACGGAGUUAAGGCUCGACCCGACCUGUGCUGUCUUCAUCACUAUGAACCCGGGAUACGCUGGACGCUCUGAACUGCCUGAUAAUUUGAAGGCCCUGUUCCGCCCCGUGGCCAUGAUGGUGCCUAAUUAUGCCCUGAUUGCUGAGAUUGUGCUCUACUCUUGUGGUUUUGUAACUGCUCGUCCGCUUUCUGUGAAGAUUGUGGCAACAUAUCGCCUCUGCUCUGAGCAGCUGUCCUCUCAGAGUCACUAUGAUUACGGUAUGAGAGCCGUCAAAUCCGUCCUGACUGCUGCAGGAAACUUAAAGCUAAAGUUUCCGGAUGAGAAAGAGGACAUUCUUCUGCUGAGGUCCAUCAUUGAUGUUAACCUUCCCAAAUUUUUGGCCCAUGACCUGCCACUGUUUGAGGGAAUCACUUCAGAUCUCUUUCCUGGUGUACAACUUCCCAAACCAGACUACACUGUCCUGCUGGAGGCCAUAAAUGAGAAUUGUGAAAAGAUGAACCUCCAGAUGACAGAUUUCUUUGCAGAGAAGAUCCUGCAGAUUUUUGAGAUGAUGAUCGUGCGUCAUGGCUUUAUGAUGGUUGGAGAGCCGUUUGGCGGGAAAACGUGCGCCUAUCGAGUCCUCGCUGCUGCCUUGAACGAUGUCUUCGAAAAGGGUCUGAUGGAAGAGAACAAGGUUCUCAUCACUGUUAUUAAUCCCAAGUCCAUCACAAUGGGUCAGCUUUAUGGUCAGUUCGACCCUGUCUCUCAUGAGUGGUCAGAUGGUAUACUUGCUGUCAGCUACAGAACGUUUGCCAACUCUCAGACACCGGAAAGGAAGUGGCUAAUCUUUGAUGGCCCUGUGGAUGCAGUGUGGAUCGAGAACAUGAACACAGUACUUGACGACAAUAAGAAACUGUGUCUAAUGAGCGGUGAGAUCAUCCAAAUGUCUCCUCAAAUGAGCCUCAUUUUUGAACCCAUGGACCUGGAGGUGGCUUCACCUGCCACGGUGUCUCGCUGUGGUAUGAUCUACAUGGAGCCUCAUAUGCUGGGCUGGAGGCCAUUAAUGGUGUCCUGGAUCAACACUCUGCCAUCCACACUGACUUGUGUGCACAAAGAUCUCAUUGCCAGCCUCUUCGACCGCAUGAUGCCCGCCUGCCUGCAGUUUGUCCGCAAAGCCACCAAGGAGCUGUCUCCAACGUCAGACACCAAUCUCGCUCGCUCCCUGAUGAACCUGAUGGAUUGUAUGAUGGAUGAGUUCAAAGAUGAGCGCCAGAUGAAGGCUCUAAGCGAGAAAGAUAUGUGCUCCUGGCUUGAGUGUAUUUUUGUCUUCUGUCUGGUGUGGUCAGUGGGUGCCAGCUGCACAGAGCCUGGAAGAGUAAAGUUUAAUGCUCUGGUUAGGGAGCUGCUUACAGGCGCUCUGUCUAAGAAGACACGAGACACUCACGGCAUCCUGGAGCAAGUAGAAGCACCCAGCAAGCAGCUCACAGUGCCCUUACCUGCUGAGGGGAGUGUCUAUGAUUAUUACUUUAUCAAAAAGGGUGCAGGCAAAUGGGAGCUGUGGGUCACGCAGCUGAAGCAGGCGCCAAUGAUCCCCAGAAGCGCUCAGUUCAAUGAGAUUAUCGUACCCACAGUGGAUACAGUGCGCUAUACAGCUCUAAUGGAGAUGCUCAUCACCCACCAGAAGCCCACCAUAUUUGUGGGCCCUACAGGAACUGGCAAAAGCGUGUACAUCACAGACUUUCUGUUAAAGCGACUCAACAAGGAUAUAUACAAUCCUCUGCUCAUCAACUUUUCAGCGCAAACCUCAGCUGCACAGACUCAGAACAUCAUCAUGUCUAAGUUGGACAAACGACGCAAAGGAGUGUUUGGUGCCCCACUCGGACAAAGGAUGGUGGUGUUCGUGGAUGAUGUGAAUAUGCCUGCAAGAGAGACGUAUGGUGCUCAGCCUCCUGUGGAGCUUCUACGCCAGUGGCUGGAUCACUGGAACUGGUACGACAUGAAGGACUGCUCCACAAUCAACCUGGUGGACAUACAGCUGAUGUGUGCCAUGGGGCCUCCUGGUGGUGGGAGAAACCCAGUGACACCUCGUUUCCUCCGGCAUUUUAACACAGUAACGAUCAAUGAAUUCGAUGAGACGACCAUGCAAACCAUUUUCACCAGAAUCCUGGAAUGGCACUUAACUAUACGGUUUAACUUUCAUGCAACAUUUUCCAUACUCACGUCUCAGAUUGUGUGUGCCACCAUGACAGUGUAUCAGGAGGCCACUAAGAACCUUCUGCCUACCCCUGACAAGUCUCACUAUCUUUUCAACCUGCGUGAUUUCUCCCGUGUUAUCCAGGGCAUUUGUUUAUCUCGCCCAGAGAGUGCAGAUGACCCCAAAGCUAUUAAACGCUUGUGGGUGCAUGAGGUACAAAGAGUUUUUUACGACCGCUUAGUUGACCCAUCAGACCGAACCUGGAUGGUGGGGUUCUUGCAGACGGUCUGCAAGUCCCUCCUAAAGGAGGAUUUUCAUCAGCUCUUCAACCACCUUGACUUAGACUCUGAUGGACGUGUAACUGAAGAUGACUUGCGCAGUCUCUUGUUUUGUGAUUUUCAUGAUUCUAAGGGUGAAGACCGAAACUAUCGUGAAGUUGGUGACCUUGAUAAGCUACGGCAAGUGGUUGAGGCCCACCUAGAGGACUUUAACAACAUCAGCAAGGCACCAAUGAACCUUGUACUUUUCCGAUUUGCCAUUGAGCAUGUCUGUAGGAUCUCCCGUAUCCUAAAACAGCCACGAGGUCAUGCACUCCUGGUUGGUGUUGGAGGUAGUGGUCGGCAGUCUCUGACUCGCCUGGCUGCUCACAUGGCUGAAGCCGAACUUUUCCAGGUGGAGAUCUCUAAGAGUUAUGGCAUGACGGAAUGGCGUGAUGACCUUAAACAGAUUAUGCGCAAAUCAACAUUCGGGGAUACCCAUGGCGUCUUCCUCUUCACUGACACACAGAUUAAGAUGGAGUCGUUCCUUGAAGAUGUUAGCAAUUUGCUCAACACAGGCGAGGUUCCUAAUCUCUUUCCUGUGGAUGAGAAGCAAGACAUCUGUGAACGUAUGCGGGUCCUGGAUCGCCAGCGGGAGAGGGAUAAGCAAACAGAUGGAAGUUCUCUGGCUCUGUUUAACAUGUUUGUAGAGCGCUGCCGUAGUCAGUUGCAUGUGGUGCUGGCCAUGAGUCCAAUAGGUGAUGCCUUCCGAGGCCGUCUGCGACGUUUCCCUGCACUUAUCAACUGCUGCACCAUAGACUGGUUCCAGAGCUGGCCAGAUGAUGCUCUACAGGCUGUGGCAAGUCGGUUCCUGGAGGACACUGAGAUGACACAGGAUGUCCGCACUGGCUGCAUAGACAUGUGCCAGAAAUUCCACACUUCCACCAUCAAUCUUUCAUCACGCUUUCUUAUUGAGCUGCAGCGCCAUAACUACGUUACCCCAACCUCCUACCUGGAGCUCAUCUCCACCUUCAAAGUUCUGCUGAAGGCUAAGAGAGCCGAGGUCAUGCAGCUAAAACAGCGCUAUGAGGUCGGCCUGGAGAAGCUGAACUCUGCUGAAUCUCAAGUGACCGUCAUGAAAGAUGAACUAGAAGAACUUCAGCCAAAGCUCGGGGUGGCUAGCAAAAAGGUAGAUGAGAUGAUGGUGGUGAUUGAGCAUGAAUCUUUGGAGGUGGCCAAGACCGAGAAGGUGGUUCGCGUAGAUGAAGCGGAGGCAAAUGAAAAGGCUAUGGCUGCCAAGGCUAUCAAAGAUGAGUGUGAUGCAGACUUGGCUGUUGCUAUGCCCAUCCUGGAGGCAGCUUUAGCCGCACUUGAUACACUUACUCAACAGGACAUUACACUGGUGAAGUCCAUGAAAAACCCUCCAGGUGGAGUCAAACUCGUGAUGGAGGCGAUUUGUAUCCUUAAAGGCAUAAAACCUGAACGCAUCGCCGAUCCUUCCAGUCCGGGCAAAAAGAUUGAGGACUUCUGGGGCCCAGCCAAGAAGCUUCUGGGUGACAUGAAAUUCCUGCAGAGUCUGCACGAUUACAACAGAGACAACAUUCCAGCUGCUUACAUGGCGAUCAUACGCAGCAAAUACAUCAGCAACCCAGAUUUUGUCCCUGAGAAAAUCCGGUCAGCAUCCACUGCAGCUGAGGGCCUUUGCAAGUGGGUCUGUGCUAUGGAAGCUUACGACAAGGUUGCGAAAGUUGUGGCUCCUAAGAAAGAGAAGUUGGCGGAAGCAGAAGCUAAGCUAAAGGUAGCCUCAGAAAGCCUCCAAAAGAAGCAGGCAGCCUUAAAGGAGGUCCAGGACAAACUGGACAAACUUCAGGAGACUCUGGAGGCCAACAAAGACAAAAAGACUUACCUGGAAAAUCAGGUGGAGCUGUGUCGUAAGAAGAAGGAAAGAGCAGAACAGCUAAUUGGCGGUUUAGGAGGAGAGAAGACGCGUUGGAGUGAGCUGGCAUUGAACCUGGGAGACCUUUUUAACAAUCUAACUGGAGAUAUUCUCAUCUCAGCUGCUAUAGUAGCCUACCUCGGGCCUUUUACAUUGAGUUAUAGACAGAGUUCUAUAGACGAAUGGAUCAAGCUGUGCAAGGCUAAAGGGAUCCCGAGCUCCAAGAAUGUGACUCUGAAGCAGUCUCUGGGAGAUCCGGUGAAAAUCAGAAGCUGGACUAUCGCUGGUCUUCCAUCAGAUAGUUUCUCCAUUGACAGCGCCAUCAUCAUCUCGAACGCAAGGCGAUGGCCUCUGAUGAUCGACCCACAGGGCCAAGCAAACAAGUGGGUUAAGAACAUGGAGAAGGACACCAGCCUACAAGUUAUCAAACUGAGUGACAGUGAUUAUGUGAGGACGCUGGAGAAUUGCAUUCAGUUUGGCAGGCCAGUGCUGCUGGAAAAUGUAGGUGAGGAGCUGGACGCCAUUCUUGAGCCUCUGCUGCUGAAGCAGACGUUUAAGCAGGGUGGGAGCGUAUGUAUCCGGCUGGGAGACUCCACCAUAGAGUACUCACCCAACUUCCGCUUCUACAUCACCACAAAACUACGCAACCCACACUAUCUGCCAGAGACUUCAGUCAAGGUGACUCUUCUGAAUUUCAUGAUCACACCUGAGGGAAUUCAAGACCAGCUGCUUGGUAUAGUAGUGGCUAGAGAAAGACCAGACCUAGAGGAGGAGAAACAAGCCCUCAUCCUUCAGGGAGCGGAAAACAAGAAAAUGCUUCAAGUGCUCGAAGACAAGAUCUUGGAAGUACUGUCAUCAUCUGAAGGGAACAUCCUGGAGGAUGAGGUGGCUGUGGAGAUACUCUCCUCCUCCAAAGUGCUGGCCAAUGAAAUCUCAGAGAAGCAGGCUGUGGCUGAGGAGACUGAAAAAAUGAUUGAUGAAACACGUUUGGGCUACAAACCCAUCUCCAUCCACUCUGGCAUCUUGUUCUUCUCCAUCGCUGAUCUAGCCAACAUUGAACCCAUGUACCAGUACUCACUCACCUGGUUCAUCAAUCUUUUCAACUCCUCCAUCGACAACUCGGACAAGAGCGAUGUUCUGGAGCAGAGAUUGCAGAUAUUAAAAGACCAUUUUACCUACUCGCUUUAUGUCAAUGUGUGUCGCUCACUCUUCGAGAAAGACAAGCUGCUCUUCUCCUUCUGCCUCAGUGUCAACCUUCUUAAACAUCAAGGAUGUAUUGACGAGAAUGAGUGGCGCUUUCUGCUGACGGGUGGCGUGGGUCUGGAUAACCCUCACGCCAAACCCUGCACUUGGCUGACCAAGAAAUCAUGGGAUGAGAUCUGUCGCUUGGAUGAGCUGGUGCGCUUCAAUGGCCUGCGAAAAAACCUGGAACAGUUCAGUGAUGGAUGGAAAGAAGUAUAUGACAGCAAGGAACCUCAUCAUACACCUUUCCCUGAAAAAUGGGAAAAGAAUCUGGUACAAUUUCAAAGAAUGUUGGUUGUGCGCUGCCUGAGACCAGACAAGAUUAUUCCUAUGGUGCAGGAGUUUGUGUUAAGCAGCUUGGGACAGCGGUUUAUCGAGGUGCCUCCCUUUAACCUGGGGGGCGCAUUUUCCGACAGUCACAGCUGCGCUCCCCUCAUCUUCAUCCUUUCACCAGGCUCCGACCCCAUGGCAGCUCUCCUGAAGUUUGGGGAAGAACAGGGCUUCAAGGGCAGCAAGCUGACCUCACUGUCACUGGGCCAAGGUCAGGGUCCCAUCGCCAUGAAUAUGAUUGAAGUGGGAAAGAGGGACGGAACCUGGGUGGUGCUGCAAAACUGCCACCUGGCCACGUCCUGGAUGACAACGCUGGAGCGAGUUUGUGAGGAGCUCAACCCAGACAACACUCAUCCAGACUUCCGUCUGUGGCUGACAAGUUACCCCUCACCUAACUUCCCAGUGGCCAUACUUCAGAACGGUGUCAAGAUGACAAACGAGGCCCCCAAGGGCUUGCGUUCCAACAUUGUUGGCUCCCUUAAUAUGGACCCCAUCUCUAAUCCGGGCUUCUUUAACAGCAGCUCGAAGCCGAUGAUAUUCAAGAAGCUUCUGUAUGGUCUGUGUUUCUUUCAUGCUCUUAUCCAAGAGCGAAGGAAGUUCGGACCCCUGGGCUGGAACAUUCCUUAUGAGUUCAAUGAAACUGACCUGCGGGUCUCAGUCCAGCAAUUGCAUAUGUUUCUUAGCCAAUAUGAAAAUGUGCCGUUCGAUGCUCUCUGCUACAUGACAGGAGAGUGUAACUAUGGAGGACGUGUGACGGAUGACUGGGACCGCCGAACCCUCCGCACCAUCCUCUCCAUCUUCUACACACACAAGAUAAUUGAAGAACCGGAGUACAAGUUUGACCCAAGUGGGAUUUACUACUCACCACCUGAAGGAGAGCUUAACAGCUACAUAGAGUACACCAAAGCCCUCCCAUUGUACCCGUCGCCUGAAAUCUUUGGCAUGAACGCCAACGCUGACAUCUCCAAGGACCAAGUGGAAACGCAACUUCUGUUUGACAGCAUCCUGCUAACUCAGUCGCGCAUGACAGGCGGUGAUGCUAAGUCCUCUGACGAUACAGUGUUCGGUGUAGCGGCGGACAUUUUGAGCAAACUACCACCUGACUUUGACACAGAAGCAGCCAUGCGCAAGUAUCCCACCAGUUACAAACAGAGCAUGAACACGGUGCUGGUGCAGGAGAUGGGUCGCUUCAACAAGCUGCUGCGGACAAUCCGCGAUUCAUGUAUCAACAUUCAGAAGGCCGUCAAGGGGCUGGUGGUGAUGUCAGCCGAGUUAGAGGAAGUAGCAACGAGCAUCCUAAGGACCCGUAUUCCAGGAAUGUGGAUGAAAAAGUCAUACCCAAGCCUCAAACCUCUCGGAGGAUACGUUAAUGACUUCCUGCUGAGGCUCAAAUUCUUACAGGACUGGUAUGAUAUCAGUAUGCCAGCUGUGUUCUGGAUGUCAGGCUUCUUCUUUACACAAGCUUUUCUAACCGGAGGUCAGCAGAACUAUGCUCGCAAACACACUAUCCCUAUCGACUUGCUCACCUUUGACUUCCAGGUCAUGGAUGACGUGGACUUCACUGAGCCGCCUGAGGACGGUGUCUACAUCCGGGGUUUGUUCUUGGAAGGAGCACGCUGGGACAGAGAAAAGAAGCUUCUGGGAGAGUCUUACCCUAAGAUCCUCCAUGACACCAUGCCAGUGAUCUGGCUCAAACCCAUGAAGGAACAGGAGAUCCCUAAGCGGCAAUGCUACCUUUCCCCCGUGUAUAAGACUAGUGAAAGAAGAGGAACGCUGUCCACCACAGGCCACUCCACCAAUUAUGUAAUUUCCAUGACCCUCAACACAGACAUCCCACCUGAGCACUGGAUUCGUCGCGGAGUUGCUCUGCUUUGCCAGCUAGACUCAUAAAGAAAGAGUUCGUAAUGGUGGAAUAUUCAGUCAACCACUUACACUGCUAAUAUUUACACAUUUCACAAUCACUUUAUACAGUUAUAGUGUUUACAAAAAGACUCUUUGCUCAUGCUGUUAACAGAAACGAUUAACUAUACUCUUAUAGUGUUAACAAAACUACUUACCUUUACUGAGAGACUGUUAACCAAAACUUUUAUUUAUUUUUUUUUACAUUGAUUAGCCAUCACAUGAAAUCCACCUGCCUAGUAUUUUGUAGCUACUACUUGUGCAAUUAUAACAAAUGGUUAACAACUGUACAAAAUACUGUGGUAUCUGGCACAAAGAUCUUAGCAGCAUAUUGUUUAAGAUCAUGUAAGUUGUGAGGUGAGGCCUCCCUAGAUUGGACUUGGUCCAUUGGUCCAUCACAUUUCAGGGAUCCUUGAUUGAAUUGAGAUCUGGGAAAUUUGGAGGUCAAGUCAACACCUUAACCUCUUAUCAAGCAACAGUGUUUGCAGUGUGGCAGGGUGCAUCAUCCUGCUAAAAGAGGCUACUGCUAUAAGGGAAUAAUGACGUUGCCAUUAAGGUGUACUUUGUCUGCAGCAAUGUUUCUGUAAGUGGAAUGUAUCAAAAUAACAGCCAUAUGAAUGCCAAGACCCAAGAUUUCUCGGCAGAACAUUGCCAAAAGCAUUACAAAGGCUCCAAUAGAAAGCCAAUAGAGUUUUUGGUGGUCAUGACCGCUUGGAUCGGCGGGUCAGGCCACAGUCAAUGCAUGAUUUGUCAGCUAUGAGGUGCAGAACUUUUGAGAGAUUUGCAGUCUGCAGUGCUAAUGAUGGACACACAUUCCACAUUGCUUUAGCUUACCGUAGCUAUUUGGAUUAGAUUUUGGUUAGCUUAUGACGCUGCUAUCUAUAAUGUUAUUUAGCACAAACACUUUGGCUCCAGGUGGCUAAAAUACUUGUUUAUGUAGCUUACAGAUUUUUGUGAUAUUCAGACUUUUAAAAAAAGUUCAGUUGUUGUAUGACAUUACAAAAGCUUGUGUUACC